GAGUUUAGUAUCUUAUCAGGUGUCAUUCGUGUAUGACUGUCGUUUGCAUUGAUAUUUCAGACAAACUGUUCCAACAUGCGAUAGAGUUUUAUUUUAUAUAUUUUUAAUGCUUGACUAAAUUAAUUUAACUAUUACGUUAUAUAUAAAUGUGUUUUGUUUUCGUGUAUCAGUAAUCUAAUUUAAAAUUUAAUUAUGCCUGUUAAAGUAAAAUGGAAAAUCGAAUUCAUUGUUGUAUUACUGAUGUCUAUCUAUUCAGCUACUGGUAUGUUUAUUCAAAGACAUUGCAGUCAUUUACAUCCAAAACCCGAAGAGGUGAUCCACGGAGUGCACAUUGAACCAGUGCACAUAAUGAGAAAGAGAAGUGUUGAUCAGCCGCUUCGUAUUCUUCUCUACUACGACGAGAGCGUAUACAGGCUUACAGAAGAAAAGUUUCAAUUGAUAAACAAUACUAUUUUACCGGAAGCCGUGAGGUUUUGGGAGCAGGCGCUAAUGGUCCGAAAAACCGAAAAUGUUAUUCGACUGAACAGGAAAUGUUUAAACAAUCAAGUGUUUUACCGCAAAGGCGAUCCGCAUCCCUAUUGUAAAAACGCGUGCGAAGACAGAACGAUGUGCGGUGAAGUUCAAGUGCCCGAGGAACACUUGGAGGCCUGUAAAACUUGCAAUGCUUCCGGCAUGGAUUGUGGCACCGGGACGUCUCAAUCAGGAGCGGGCAUCGAAGGGGCUGAUUUCGUAUUCUAUGUCAGUGCGAUGGAAACCGAAAGAUGUCACAAAGGUCUGACGGUCGCCUACGCCGCUCAUUGUCAACAGGAAUCGUCACUGGAUCGACCCAUUGCCGGACACGCUAAUCUUUGUCCCGAAAGUAUCAGCACAAAGCCCCAGGAACUCGAAGUUCUCCUGUCCACCGUCAAACACGAAAUACUGCACGCCCUCGGAUUCUCCGUCAGUCUCUUUGCAUUUUAUCGUGACGUCAACGGCUAUCCGCUUACCCCCAGAGAGGACAACGGCAAACCGCGACUCAACGAAAAACUGCAAGCUAGACAAUGGAGUGAUAAAGUGAUUAAGACUAUCGUGAGACGUAACUGGACUGUUCACGGCGGGGUGGUUGAUAAAGAAGUGCAAAUGAUGGUGACACCGAGAGUAGUCGAAGAAGUCCGUAAACAUUUUAACUGUUCAUUCCUAGAAGGUGCUGAACUAGAAGAUCAAGGAGAAGAUGGCACUGCUUUAACUCACUGGGAAAAAAGAAUAUUUGAGAACGAAGCAAUGACAGGAACUCACACCCAAAAUCCGGUAUACUCUAGGUUAACCUUAGCACUGAUGGAAGACACGGGCUGGUAUAAGGCCAAUUACUCUCUUGCUCAAGAUCUGAGUUGGGGUAAAAACUUAGGAUGUGACUUCGUUACAAAAAGCUGUAAGCAAUGGAUGGACAUAAAACGCGCUAAAGGGCAAUCGAUUCAUCCGUUUUGUAACAAAGUGAAGAGAGAUCCUUUGGAAACCGAAUGCACUGAUGAUCGGAGUUCGGUUGCCCUGUGUAAUCUAGUCGAACAUGUGCAGCCUUUACCGAAUUUCUAUCAGAAUUUCGAUUCCAUUCCACACGUUACUCCUGGCCGCGAAGCUUAUUAUGGUGGUUCUGUUAGUUUAGCUGAUUAUUGUCCAUAUAUUCAAGAGUUCAUAUGGAGAUCAAAGAGCGUUGUUAUUAGAGGCUCCCACUGUCAGUAUCCGGAAAAUAAUCCCCACCCAGAUAAAAAUUUUGCCUUAGAAGUGUAUGGAGAAAAUUCUAAGUGCUUCGAUCACACAAAUCAGAUGUGGGAGGAACAAACUUGCAAACAAGUCAGACAGUGGCAACAUUGGGGUUCAGGUUGUUACGAGUAUACAUGCCAGAACGGGAGACUUCAUAUUACUGUUUCUAAUCAUACAUAUACUUGCUACUUUCCCGGACAAGAGCUCACAGUCCGAUUAGUAGCCAAUGGAUGGUUACAUAAAGGCGUGAUAGUUUGUCCGGCUUGCGAAGAGCUGUGUGACGAGACUAAGUUCACUAUACCCGGUGAUAAGUGCAAGCUCCCAUCGGAAGUACCUGUAACCGCAACAUACCAUCGUGAUCAGUUAGCUUGUGGUGGUGCUACCGAUACGAAGCCAUCCUUGAUCUUCUAUGUUCUAUUUUUAGCUGUACUGCUACCACUGAUCUCUACGAUAACUAUGUGAAUAUUAUGGUUCCCCUAGUGAAUUUUCGAAUUGUUUUUUACAUGUGUAUGUUUUUUUUUUUAUUGAUUACUCCUACUAUGCUAAGCACUCAUUUGUUUUUUGUGACGAUGAGGAG